AUGUCAAGAGCAUUCUCCUUUGAAGGGAGCAUUCCAGAAGUGCAGUCCCUUACCAUUGAACAGUUGAUUCAAAAAGCAGGAGGUUUCGGUAGGUUCCAGUGGGCUAUGAUGAUAUUUGGAGGCCUAGCCAGACAAGGAGCAACCUUUUUCUUCUACACACUUGCUUACUUGGAGCUUGUACCAAAGCUUGAGUGAAAGAACCCAACCGUGCAGACUUUUGAGACCUGAGAAGUUGAGGAUAUCUGUGAUGGUAGCAAUCUUAUUAAUAGGGACCUGUGGAGAAUAGACUACUCUGACUAUAGGAGCUUUCAUAACUGGAUGACAGACCUUGAACUGUACUGUUAUAGUGAUUUCAUGAUUGGUCUUCUUGGAUCAAUUGCUUUUUUGGGAUUUGCGUUUAGUGGACUUGGACUGAAGCAAUCUGACCGAUUUGGACGAAAGAAAACUAUUCUUGUAGGAACGCUCCUUUCCUUCAUUUCAAUAGGUAUGAUGUUCUUCUGGAGAAACCUCUAUGCUAAAUAUGUUGGACUUUUAAUUUUUGGAUUCAUUAGUUUCAAAGAUUUUGCUAUUUAUAUCUUGGUUGUUGAGUCACUUCCGAAGAAGUCUCAGAUUUAUGCUGCAAGUUGGGUUUUGUCAGCAGAUCCGUUGUUGACAGUAAUUCCUGCAACCAUCUUCUUGAUGGCAGGGGGUAAACAAUUACAGCAUUUUUAUAUUGCAGGACUUGUGAUGUCUGUGCUUUCAUUCUUUCUGACUCUGAUGGUUCCUGAGUCUCCGAAGUACUUAUUAGAGAAGGGAAAGUAUGGUGAACUUCGCAAGAAUUUAGCGUUCAUGGCUAGGUUUAAUGGAGUCAGCAUGGGGGAAUAUCAAAUUGAAGGUGAAAUAAUUCCUUCUGACUCUCAAAGAAGUUCUGAAGAGAAUAGUAAAAAUGAAGAUAUAUACAAUGAAGGCCAAUCAGAAUUUAGUAAUAGAAAUUAUGAUAAUUCAAGAACAAAAAUGAACAACUCAGAGAACAAUGAUAAGGAACCAUUACUGGGUGAAACCCCAGAAAAAGAAUUCUCAGUAUGGCAAGAACUCAAAGAUAAAAGAACUCUUCUUAACCUUAUCUGUGUAAUUGUUAUUUUCUGUGUUGUAUCAUUUAACUUCUACAUGAUCAGCUUCUACCUAAAAUAUGUUGAAGGUAACAUCUACAUCAACACACUUGCAGGAUGAAUUUCAGAAAUAGCAGGUAAUUUUGGAUCAGGUUUCAUUCAGAAAUGGGUAGGUUCUAAAAAGGCCUUGAUUGUUUGCUUUGCUUUAUCACUUGUAUCAGCAACUCCGUUGAUAUUUAUUACAAAUUCUACAGCAAUCGCUGUAUGUGUAUUUUCAGGUAAAUUCUUCAUUGAAGGUGGGUUCAAUAUUGCUUACUUCGUCAAUCCUGAGAUUUUCCACCCUUUAUUCGUAUCGUUCUCAUUUGGGCUAUGUAACCUAGUGGCCAAUAUAUUCACAAUAUUUGCUCCACAAGUGGCGGAGAUAAAGCCGAGACAAACCCCGGUCAUAGUCCUAUUGGUGUUAACCGUUGUGACUGGAUUAUUUACUAGCUUUUUCCGAUCAAAGAAGGAAGCUAAAUAAUUGCUUUGCAUAUUUAGGAGUUCAAUAUGACAUUUAUGUUUAG